UAACAUGCCCUAAAAUGUGGUAACUUCAAAGUAUAUUGUGGAUGUGAUCAGCCUAAUAAGAAUUAAGGAAGCAACCUUUAUAUUUUUACCCCAAAUCAAAACUCUCUCUCUCUCUCUCUCUCUACUUCUCUUUCUUCAUUCAAUGCCUUAUCCAAAUUAAACCAGCCAUCUCUGUCUCUACUGUUCUCUUUCUUAAACAUUUUUCUACCUGCUUUUUUGUCUCUUCUGCUUUCCUUUUAUCAUUGCAAUUGGUCUGUUUCUAAUUGGAGGACAACAUGUCGAAUUCGGCAUCUGGAAUGGCAGUGAACGAUGAGUGCAAGCUCAAAUUUCUGGAACUAAAGGCGAAAAGGAAUUAUCGGUUCAUUGUGUUCAAAAUUGAUGAGAACAACCAACAGGUGAUGGUAGAGAAGGUUGGCGGUCCGAACCAAUCUUAUGAGGAUUUCACUAAUUCUCUGCCUCCUGCUGAGUGCCGUUAUGCUGUUUUUGAUUUUGAUUUUACAACUGAUGAGAAUUGCCAGAAAAGCAAGAUUUUCUUCAUUGCAUGGGCACCUGAUACCUCAAAGGUGAGGAGUAAGAUGCUUUAUGCGAGCUCAAAGGACAGAUUCAAGAGGGAAUUGGAUGGCAUUCAACUUGAGUUGCAGGCAACUGAUCCAAGUGAGAUGAGCUUGGACAUUGUCAAAGCCCGAGCUAUCUGAAUUUUAAGAUACUCACAAAUAUUUUAUUAUUAUCUGCCCUUUCCUUGCCUUAAUUACUUUUUCUUAUAAUUCAUCAUUGUGUCUAUUUCAGUUUUUGAGUCAUUAAUGGAACAGAAUUGUUGUAUUGUUGGAUUCUUAAUUUUUCAAACAAAUUAUGUUUUUCUCUCAA